AUGAUAGCUGUAGGCGCGAUAGGGGAACAGGUAGAUACGGGACACCAUAGCCUUUCUGAUGCAGGGAACGAUGUUAGGGACGAUGUUAUGGGUGACAUGGUGAUUUCCGAUGAUGACCUGCUUGGGGAUGAGGAGGAGUUGGGGGACGUGGAGGAUGAGAAGGGGACGCUAGGGGAUGAUACCUUGGCCCUGAUGCCGAGGGCAGAGACCGAGGAAACUAUCGAGGUGUCAAUGCAGGUUCAGGGGGAGUCCCACAGGCUCAGAAAGUCAUGCAGGGUGGAGGAAAGGGCAAGCAGGGAGAACGCAAGGUCGGAGCAAAAAAGAAAGUUUUCAGGGCCAAUGUGGGGAUUGGCGGAGGAGCGAUGCGAAAGUUGGCUCAAGUGGCCAAAACACCAAGAAAGAGGACAGUAUGUCUGUUUUGGCUUUGAUUUCGUUAUGUUAGGCACGGUAGAGCCGUGUGUGUCUCCUUUCUUUGUAACACUUGGUUUUUUUGGUAAUGAUAAUAAAACGGAUGGGAUCCCUUAUGACAUGAUACUUUCGAUUCAUGGUGACAUUGAGCUUGUUUAUGUACGAUGGUCAGGGUUUCUGAGGAUUGCUUUUGUCCUGGUUGUGUUGAGUUAUCACGCUCAAUUUCCCAGGGUAAUUAGUGGACUCAAAGGGCAUUGGUGUAUGGGAUGGACCGAAUGUAUAGGGAUUCAGCGUUCUCUAGGUGGGUUCAGGUGCAGAGAUGACGCUGUUGAAGGGGAUAGGCGUAUAUUGUGUCUUCGGAAUCAAGGAAAUAGGUGGGAGAAUUCAAAUAUCCAUGUCCAGUUCCAUUUCGGUUAUGAUAGGGUGUUUACGGUGGACCCUUGUGGCGCGAGUGGGGGUUUGGCACUGUUUUAUAAUAACUCUUAUGAUGUCAGUAUCAUCUGCUCAAAUAAGAGGAUUAUUGAUGUUGAAGCUAGCCAUGAAGGCCGAUCAAUUUUCAUGUCUUUUGUGUAUGGAGAUUCGGUGGUGAAGUUUCGUGAUAUUGUGUGGGAACGGAUCACGAGGAUUGGAACGACACGCACGGAACCAUGGUUUCUCAUUGGGGAUUUUAAUGAAAUCACGGGUAACCAUGAGAAACAGGGUGGGGCUUUACGUCAAGCCUCAACUUUUGUCCCGUUUAAUCUGAUGAUUAGUGAUUGUGACUUAGUGGAUUUCCCAAGUCGGGGAAACACACUGUCCUGGAGGGGUAGGAGACGGGGCAAGAUAGUUCGGUGUCGGCUGGACAGAGCUUUGGCAACAGAGGAGUGGCAUGAUCUUUUUCCGGUCUCCUAUGUUGAAUACUUGCCAAUGAUUGGGUCGGACCACAUGCCAAUUCUGGCUACAUUGGACUCAAAAGUGACGGAAGCAAUUUCGGUUUGA